CUGACGAAGUCUCUUCUUCGUUUACCGCAGUUCCUUAUAGCAGUGAGGUUCGCUCGUUGGCUUUAGGUGUGUUUUGGUGGCGUACAAGUUUACUGUCAACGGGUCGAGGGAAGUUAUGGUGAAAGAUGACUAAGACAAAGGAGAAAAAAAAGGAAAAUAUAAGUGUGGCCAGCGAGAUCGAUCGAAUAGAGGACCGCAAGUCGCGAUGCAACGACCUCCUUGACAGAGCGGAGUUCAGACGCAGAAAAGAGGAGCUUACUGAUGAGGACAGUAAACUGUUGGAAGAUGAGAUGACGCUGAUGACGGAAAGAAUACAGAAAUAUGAUCACGAACUGGAGAUCCUGAGAGGGGAGAACAGGAGGAACAUGGUGCUCUCCGUCGCUCUGCUGGCCAUCAGCGCUCUCUUCUACUACACUUUCGUCUAUUGAGGAAAAACAUCCAUUUAAGAACUAAACAGUAAAGCCAACUCGGUUAUCUUCUCCUUUCCAUCUACCGAAUGCCAUCUCACAUGGAUACCCACAGGAUUUCUAAAGGCCUCUCAUUCACCAAAUUCCACCGUUUCAUUUCCUCAGACGCUUUCAUAUAUUCAUUCACUCUGACAUUUCUCGACUCCCAUGCUCCCCCAUUGACCGUAGACCAGUCUGCACUGACACGGAGUUCUGACUCCACUGCCAAAGACCAGAAGCCCACAUUUACAGAACUAGAGAGCAGCACAUACCUUUUGUGGCCUAUGGUAUUCCCAGAUGUCCCAAUGUCAUUCCAGUCUUCCGCACACUUGUGCCAAAACAUAGAUUAUAUUUCACUGAGAAAUGGAUGAUCUCAAAGAUGGAUUGGCUGGAUCUUUACAACAACAAAAAAAUCCUUCAAUACUGGAAUCAGGAUUAUAACGGUCACUGAACUUUAUGACAUUCAAAUUCUGUUCAAGUACAGGAAUAUAAGUCUAUUUUGCACUUUUGGUUCUUUGAAAGUAUGAAGGUAGCAGUCACCUGCAUUCAUUGUCUCUGCAGCUUCCCAUUUCAUUUCUAAUCAGUGUAAUAAGAUGUGUUAUAUUUCUUUUACUGACUGUGUAGCUGUUGUUUACUAAGUGACGGAUUGAUGUGGUUGAGGAGAAGGCCAAAGCUCUGUACUGAAUGUAUGGGGCUUAUUUUAUUACUGAAAUAUUUCCUUUAGGUACAUACAUUAAUGAAAUGGGUCUCGUUUUGUAAGACAUACCACAACAAUGGGUCACUUUUUUGCAUGUUUAUUUUCCACUGGACUUGGGCAUCAAGUCCUAAACUACAUUUUGCUCUGAAAUGGAAACCCCUCCACUCAGCAUAAACAGACCCUCAUGAGGGAAAUAAAAACAGGGAAAAGUUGAACGAAA